AGCAUUUUUGCGUCGAGCCCGGGGCCCUCCGGGGCGGCGGCCGCCCGGCCGGGCGGGGCACUGGCGAGGGGCGCCCCCCCCGGCGGGCACCUCGACGGGGCAUGUACAGGGCCGCCGAUGGGCCGCAGCAGGUCCAGGUCCCGUGGCCGCCCUCUCGGCCUCCGCCCGGGGUCUUCGGCGUCAGGGUCCGCCAGAGGGCCUCGGAGGCCCAGUCGUGGUGCGCCGAGGUGGACUCGCACGCCCACGUGCGCACGGUGCGGCUCUCCCUGCAGGAGCGGCCAGACGAGACGUACUGGGCCCUCGCCGACGACGCGGCGGGCCUCGAGCAGUUCCUCCGCCAGGGCGCGAGGGGCCUCAAGGUGUCCCUGAAGCUCGGCGCGCUGCAGCUGCUGGGGCACGGCGCCCUCGGCAGCGUGCUGCGGGCGGCGGCGCAGAGCGGCGCGAGCGUGACCCACCUGGACCUCUCCUCCAACGGCCUGGGGGACGACGUAGCCGAGGAGAUCGCGCGCUUCGCCGAGUGCCAGGACGACGUCUCCCUGAGCGAGCUGCAGCUGGCCAACAACCGCAUCUCGGCCCUCGGCCUCGCCCAGAUCUGCGCCGCCCUCGCCGGCCGCCAGGCCGGCGAGGGCAGCGCGGGGGGCGCGGCGACCUUACGACUCCCCGGCCCAUGUUGGCUGGACCUGCGCGGGAACGCGGUGGACCGGCCCCGGGAGGUUGCCAGGUGCCUGGACGAGCUCGGGGUUCCCACGUGCCCGGGGGCCCGCUGCUGCCGCCAGCGGUGCCUCGUCUCCGCCCCGGUGCACCUCGCGGGCGGCCUGGUCCCCCAGCGCGCGGCGCGCCGCUGGCGCAGCGAGGAGCUGGCGGAGGCCCUGCAGCAGAUCUCCCAGCGGCCGCCCCCCCCGCGGGUGCCGCGCCCACCCCGAGGGGCCUGGAGGAGCUCUAGGCCUCCUACCCACCAGUCGUUGAAAGCAGGUAUUUCUGGAGUCCCAGAUUCCAAUCCACUUUCAGGACCAAGUGGCUUCACCGUUUCCGACCUUGUUAGGGGGCUGGCGGAUACCAAAUCCAUUUUCAAUGCUUCCCUACUUAAGGUUUCUACCUACUUCUUCCGACCGAUGGGCAGGCCUCCUAGAUGGGGUCGGAGCACGUGAGGUCGGAGGAUCUUUCCGCGUCGCCGAUGCAUCGCCGAUGCGGCUCGGUGUGGAGCCCGAUUCCCUCCACGCCGACGGCGCCGAUGUAUCUCCGACGUCGCCGGUGCAUCGCCGGUGGAUCGCCGAUGCAGCGGCGAUGCAUCGCUGGUGUGUCGGCGAUGCGGCGAGAUCAUUCGACCCCAUCUACUCGGACCCCAUCUGGGAGGCCCUCUUAGGUGCCGCGCCCACCCCUGGGCCUGGAGAAGCGCGUACCCCCGCCGCCCAGCGAGGACAGGGCGGGCGUCGCGGCGCAGUUGGCGGAGUGGACGGUCGAGGAGUGCCUUCACCUGCGGCCCCGCGCCCUGUCGCCGCUCGGGCUCCCCGACGUGCCGCCCAUCUCGGAGGGACAGAUCAUCCAGGCUUACGUCCAGCAGAGCACGUGGGCGGGUCCGCAGGGCCACCUGGGAGCCGCGGCUGGCGUGAUGCUCAAGGUCCUGCGGGUGUCCCCGCUCGAGCUGUGGACGAGCGAGCGCGUGCAGGCAGCCUCCGCCGCCGUGACCGGCGAGGGCGGGACGCGCGCGUUCCUGGUGAGCGUCAGGGAGAUCGCCGCGACGCCUGCGCUGCAGUGACGCGCGGCCGGAGUGGUGGCGCAGGCCUCUGUCGGCGGCGAGCGAGGGGGAGGAGCGAGGCGGAGGAGGCCUUCUCGGGAGUCUGCCGUACAUGCCCAGCGCGCCCGCGUUUCGUACCCCGCGGGCUCGUAUGAUGCUGCGCCGCUCCCUGGCGGCGCGGUGCCCCAGCGAGGACCCUGUUGCCUUCACGCGCGGUGCGCCGCGCGCGCGCGUCGCGUCGGCACCGGGCUUCCGUCGGCACUGG